CUGUCACUUUACGUGCUUCUUUUAUUGAAUUUCGAAAGACUGCGUUUAAUUACCAGGUUUCCAAUAGUUGCGGUUUGGAACUGAAGAGUAAAUAAUAGCAAUUGAAAUAAAAUAUACCUAAUUUUCGUAACUGUAAUUGCAUGGAAUAGGCCUGCACACUUAAGAGAAAUCCCAGUCAUCGAGUGUUGAAAAUUGUUUUACCGCCAAUAUUUUUUAAGUGAAGCACGACAUGUUUGGCCAGCCGACGAUAGGCGCGACCGCCGCCACACCAUCUACAAACCGCAUGAAUGAUUUUGAAGUGACUAUGCCGCCGGAUGAUUCGGUCUCUGCGUUAGAAUUCAGCCCCAGCACCAUACCUCAGAAUUUUCUAAUCGCUGGAAGUUGGGAUAGCAGUGUACGCUGUUGGGAAGUGGAGCAAACUGGCAAGACGGUGCCUAAGUCAAUGAAAACAAUGGGAGGUCCGGUAUUAGAUGUCUGCUGGUCUGAUGAUGGAACCAAAGUGUAUAUGGCAUCUUGUGACAAGCAAGUAAAAAUGUGGGAUUUAGCCUCAGAUCAAGUGGUGCAGGUGGCGGCACAUGAUGCGCCUAUAAAAACGUGUCACUGGAUAAAGGGAUCUACCUAUAGCUGUUUGAUGACUGGUUCAUGGGAUAAAACAUUAAAGUUUUGGGACACACGCACUCCCAACCCUCUAAUGGCAAUUAAUUUGCCAGAACGUUGCUAUUGUGCAGAUGUUGAUUACCCCAUGGCUGUGGUGGGUACCGCGAAUCGUGGACUCAUUGUUUACUCACUAGAAAACACUCCUACUGAAUUUAAGCGGCAGGAAAGUCCGCUGAAGUAUCAACACCGGGCCAUUUCAAUUUUUAGGGAUAAGAAGAAGGCACCAACGGGCUAUGCGCUUGGCAGCAUUGAAGGACGUGUUGCAAUUCAAUAUGUAAAUCCAGUGAAUCCAAAAGAUAAUUUCACCUUUAAGUGUCAUCGUACCACUGGUACAGCAGGCUAUCAAGACAUAUAUGCCGUAAAUGAUAUAGCUUUUCAUCCGGUGCAUGGCACUUUAGUAACGGUCGGCUCAGAUGGCACUUUCAGCUUCUGGGAUAAAGAUGCCCGCACAAAACUUAAAUCUUCGGAGGCGAUGGAUCAAUCGAUUACUAAGUGCGCAUUUAACAAUAAUGGCCAGAUAUUCGCCUACGCGGUGGGCUACGAUUGGUCGAAGGGCCACGAGUACUUCAAUCUAACCAAAAAACCACAAAUCUUCCUACGUUCUUGUUACGAUGAAUUAAAACCGCGUAUUGCGUAAACUUCUUCAACCAAGAAAGUUAGUUAAGAAUCAAACAUAUGUAGGAUCAACAUUUUUUCAAUUGAAUUAAAACAUAACUUUUGAAACCGAUGCAUUUCAGUGAGUAGAAAAAUAGUACCAAAAUAAAUUUCAAAUUAAAUUUUA